GCUUCCCGGGUACCCUGGAGGUUGAUUGGAGCUUCCUCAUCUCCUUGUUCCAUUCUGUACCUAGUCCAGCACGGCUACACUGCCUUACACUACCUACACUACUACUACCAGCACUCGCUCGACAAGACAGACGGCCACUGCCUGCCUCCUGUUCUUCCAAUGCCCAACACGCAACACCCAAAGUGGUGAUCUGACAAGCCAGGGUUUAGUUCUACCUACUACAGUACCUAGACUACCUACACAGCAGUCCAAAGCAGUCAGACCACUACCGACUACGCUUUUCAUCCUUCCAACCAAGAACAUAGUACCCUACACUCGCUCGAUCUCUCCAGCAUCUCCCUACCACCCCGAGCACUCAGCCAUCGACCGCUUCGAUUGACCGACCCCCGGGACCGCACUCGUUGUACUGCUCGACCCUCUUCGCCCCCUUCAGCCGCCACGCACCACGACGACGACUCUACACUAUACUCCGCCAGCUAUAUGCUGAUAGCUUGGUUGGUUUCCAUACGACCGUCGCCAUAGUAUUGUAGUGUAUUUAGCCCACCUACCUAUCCUUCGCUUGGCGGCGUCGCCCCUUAGCACAAUGAACGGAGACUUCAGCCUGUCCCAAGCGCUUGGCGGCUUACGAAUUGCCAACCUCGACGAUGACGACUCCGUCCACUCGACCGAGAACGAUCAGACAACCCCCGAUGCUCCCGCCAAUCAGUCCUCUGCGAGCCGUCAAGACGCAACAACGAACAAUGCCCCCCAGACGACUCCUCCCCAGCCUGCACAGCCUGCACAGCCUCCUUCUCAGCGGACACCGUUGGACCUAGAACGGCAGGUCACCCCUCAAGACCCCCCGCAGCGCCCGCCCCAUACCUACGAAACCGCCGCCGCGAUCCUCAAGAAUGCCCAAGACAACCUCAGCGCCCGCGGAUAUCCCCCGACUAGUCAACAAUUGCCAGCAGGAAAUGGAAACUGGCCACCAAACUCAAGACCUACUCCCGGAGGGGCACUACAGUCAAUGGAGGGCGAUCCGCAGCGAGGAGCAUACCACCCACAUGGACACGGGACUGCAUAUGGGGACCUACGGAACGAGCUAAGGAACGAAAUCCAGACCGACACGUCUCGGACUUCUCUAUACGGCGUGCCCACGAUUUCGAGGAGCGAGUCUAGGCGUGCGCCCCCUGGUGCCCCCACACGAGAGCCGAGUCGAUCAUACCGCCAAGGCCGGCCCGGUCCCGGUCCUCCCAUGGGCGUCGAUCCCAACGGCGCGUUGCCUCCUAGGAGGAGCUCACGCGGGGUUCAAGGAGGAUAUUCCCAGAUCCCGGGCAUCCCCGUAGCCGCGCCGGGCACCUAUACGUCAGAAGCGCGGCUGGGAGAAGUACCACCCAUGCUCUCCACCAGCAGCGAGGAAUGGAAAGACCGGGGUGCGGCAGUCGGCGUUAGGAGAGAGGUGGAUGCCGAUGGGAGGGUGACAAUGAAGCCGGUCAAGAAAGGAGUGCGCGACUUCACCUUUGGGAGGAUAUUGGGAGAGGGCUCCUACAGCACGGUUUACCUUGCGACCGAUCGCCAAACCCUGAGGGAAUACGCCGUCAAGGUCCUAGAAAAGAAGCACAUCAUCAAGGAGAAGAAGAUCAAAUACGUCAACAUCGAGAAGAACACGCUGAACCGGCUGACCGAGCACCCGGGUAUCGUCCGCUUGUAUUACACCUUCCAGGACGAGACUUCGCUGUAUUACGUCCUCGAUCUAUGUACUGGCGGAGAGCUGCUGGGCGUGCUCAAGAAGACGGGGACGUUCGACGUGGAAUGCACCAGGUUCUAUGGCGCCCAAAUAUUGGACGCUAUCGACUACAUGCACUCGAGAGGUAUCAUCCACCGUGACCUGAAGCCCGAGAACGUGCUCCUGGACGAACAGAUGCACGUCAAAAUCACCGACUUUGGCACUGCCAAGCUACUGCGAGACCCUCGAGAUCCCAGACCACCAGAGGAAACACCCGGGCAAAGUGGCGAGGAUGACGAGCGAGCGGCCUCGUUUGUUGGUACCGCUGAAUACGUGAGCCCCGAACUCCUGACGGAAAAGUCAGCGAGCACAGCAAGCGACAUAUGGGCCUUUGGAUGCAUUAUUUACCAACUCCUCGCCGGUCGGCCUCCCUUCAAAGCAGGAACCGAGUAUCUUACUUUCCAAAAGAUCGUAAAACUCGAGUACGAAUUCCCGCCUGGUUUCCCAUCCGCUGCGCGCGAUUUGGUAGAACGAUGUCUUGUGCUGGACCCGGCUCAGCGCUUUACGGUUGAACAUAUCAAGAAGCACGAGUUCUUUGCCGGACAAAUGUUUGGCAAGGAGCUGUGGAGGAUGAAGGCACCGCGGCUGAGGCCGUACGUACCAGGAUCCCAGGAGCAGCAACCGCAAAUGAUGCAUUUGGGCGGAGGUGGGUCGAAUUCGAAUCAUAGUCAUCACUCUAUGCCCAUGGGCAACCCAAGCUCAACCAGAGGCAACACCACCACUCAAGGGGGACCGGCCAAUAACAACGUCAACCGACCUGCUAGGAUCAUCACCGAACUACCGCCUCCUACGCAACUGGAUCUUGACUGGUCACCCGUCCUGACCAAAAACAACGAGCGCAUCCUUAAGCUGGGCGACCUGAUGGUUGUGUCAUCGCCGAUACCGCACAGCCCACACGGCAAGGAAGGCGGAGAAGGGCAUAAGAAGUUGGCUCGCUUCUUUGGCGGCAGUACCACCAAGAAGAGACAGCGGCUUGUCAUGAUCACCUCGAGCGGCCGUAUCGUGUUUGCACCAGCCGGCGGCGAGGAGAAGAAGGCGAAGCAGGAGAUUUCACUUCUGGCUUCGGAUUGCACGUGGAAAGCCCAAAUCGACGCUAAGGGCCAGCCGGUUUGGUGUGUUGACACGGGCGGCGUACACUACACCUUUGAAGAACCCAAGUCCUCGGAAAAACAACACAAGGACAAAUCCGACAAGUCAUCAGACGGAGGAGCAGGAAGAGACGGUGCCAACAACAGCAGCAGCAGCAAGUCUACAGUAGACGAGUGGAUCGAGUCGCUGGAGCGGGCCAAGGACCUGGCGCUUUCCCAAAACCUGGUAGGUUCCAACGACAACUUUGGAGACAUGUCCAUGUCGUCCAGCCCGGCGGGUUCCAUGGUGAAUAUCGGUGGCGGAGGUGGACAUCAUCACAAUGGAAGGGGCCAUGGAAACUUUAGUGGCGGAGAGGGCGGGUACAGCAUCAGUGACCGAUCGGGCCGCAAUCAGCUGACCAAGAGUCAGGCGAGCCUGGAUGAUAGCAGCAGUGUUACAAAGCGCAAUCGGUUCAGUCGGAGGCAGUCGAAGAAUGGGUUGGGGGCUGCUUUUUGAAGGUUGUCCUUGACCUUGGUUGGAGGAGGAGGAGGACGAAGAAGUAGAAGAGGAGGAGGAGGUGGUGGUGGUGGUGGAUGAGGAACCAAGGUCAAGGUUCUAUCCGAUGAGAAGGAACAAACAAAUAGAGAGAGGCAGCAGCAGCAGCAGCAGCAUAUAAAGACAGCAAGCAAGCAAGCAAGCAGACAGCGACGGCAAUCAUUCAGUCAGUCAGUCAGUCAGUCAGCCAAGCAGCAGCCAAGGCAGCGAAAGAUGGGGAGAAGGGAAAGGUACGAAAUUCUAAUACUGUUCACACCUUGUACAUGCAAAAGCAAAUAUUGGAUAAAAGGUAUUGCGAUUCGGACGCUAGAUUCUUGUUGUAUGGUUUUUCUUUUUGUGACCUCGUCAGCGAUUCUUUCUUUGCUUCUCUUUAUCUGUUUGUUUUUAGUACAAGUAAUUCUUGACCAUCUUUUGUUGGACGUUGAAAUGUCAACUGGUCUCUCUCAGGGGUGUCACAUGACCCUACCACGAGUGCCAAGACGUGACAUUUGCCAAACUUCCUGCCCUGUGGAUGCGGU